AUGGGGUUAGAAAUUCUCAAGUAUUCCAGUUUGUUUGAAUCACUAACAAGGUUUAUUUACUAUCUCCUGGGACGACGAGGACCACCACCAAAAUCUGAACUCGAACUCCUCCCGUUGCUCCCUGAAGAACUGGUGGUUGAAAUCUUGUCAUGUCUUCCAGUAAAAUCUCUCAUGCGAUUCAAGUCUGUGUCCAAAUCAUGGAAGUCUCUCAUGUCUGAUUCUCAGUUAGUAAAACUGCACCUUCACCGUUCAUUUUGUAGAAUGAAUGCAGAUUUUUCCCAUGUCCGCUUUGUCACAGAAUGUGACAUCCAUAAUUCAGGAUCAUCAUCAUAUGUCUCACCUCGCUCUAUGACUUCAUUAUUGGAAAGAGCAGACACUGAAGCAGAAUCUGCUGAUAUCUCCGGGUACCGGUUGAUUGGAGUGUGCAACGGGUUGAUUUGUUUGAAAAGUACAAAGUUUCGUAGAAAAUAUUGCUACCACACGGUCUAUUUCUGGAACCCAGCAACAAGGUCACUAUCUAGUUCCCCAACUUUACGUAGCUUUGGUGAUUUUGGGUUUGGUUAUGAUUCUUCAACGGACACCUACAAAGUGGUGCAUGUGUACCCUGAGCAGACAGCACUUCAUGUUUACAAAAUGGGUGAUAAUUGUUGGAGGACAAUUCAUCUCUUCCCUGCUCCCAAUUGGAUUUUGCGUUUACCAUCAUAUUCAUAUUCUGUGAGUAACACUAUUAAUUGGUUAGGAGAGAUGUUUUCGGAGAAUGAUACUGAUCUUAUUGAUUGCUGCUACAAAAUUGUUUCCUUUGAUUUGGGAAAACCAAAGUAUACACAAUUGGCAUUGCCUUUUUGUUAUGGAGAGGAAGAUAUAGACAACUAUUUUAAGCCAAUUCUUGGAGUAUUAAGAGGCUGUCUAUGUAUUUCUGAAAAUAACAAAACACGGAAUUUUGCCUUAUGGCAAAUGAAGGAGUUUGGAGUACACCAAUCUUGGACUAAGUUGUUUAGCAUUAAUGGCUCUGAAAAAAUUCUUGCGUGGCCUUGUUUUGCAAUCAGUGUAUUUGAUAAUGGUGAUGCCCUACUAUUGUCGGUUUCUCGUGCAAAUGGAGUUCUCUAUACCCUUAGAGAUAGCAAAUUAGAACGCAAGAAAAUUGCUGAUGAAGUUCGUUUUUAUUAUGCCGAAAAUUACAUUGAAAGUUUGGUUUUACCGAAAUUUAAGUAA